GAGUGAGACAAAGAGUGAGAGAAGAGAAAGGAGGGAGAGAGGAGGUGCGGGCGUGGUUUCCUGUGCACUGGCCUCUCUCAUCCUCUGCGUUCUGCACACUCCCCGCUUAGAAGAACGAAGACCCCGGAGCAGCCCCGGGGACACUACGGCAACAUUUCCAUGCGGUGACCGCGACGUGAAGCGGGCGUCGCUGCGGGGCCGCGGCAUGCAGGCAGCAGCGCCGGGGAUCCCGGCCGCCGCGCCCCCCCACCCCCCGGGAGGUGACGUCAGGGAUCCAAAGGGCCGGGUGGGGCCCCGCCUUGCAGCUCUGAGGCCUAGGACCCAUCUUUUUGAUAGAAAAAAGGGGCCAGCGUUUCCUCUCCCGCUCCUUGAAGCCACCGUGCAGGCAGCCUCGGAGCAGCGCCGGCCACCACGCCAUGGAGGACAGGUCUCGCUGCUGCUCGGCCCGCCGGUCCAAGGCCGCCACCUCUCAGGCGGCUUUGGCUGUCGUUCUCUGUGUGGCGUGUGCGGUCGUUUGCUUGGUCUUCUGCCUCAGAACCCCGCACUUCGCAGGGCAGCCAGGGGGGGACGCGGCGGAGCUGCAGCUGAAUGUCACAGAAAGGAAAGCGGAAGUGAAAGAGCGAAACGGAGAAGAGACAGUGUGUGCGAUUCCUGUUUAUCGGCUCCUCCCUCAUCUCGGCUCUACACUUUUCACUGCCCCCCUGCGGAAAACCGAAACACUCAUCAGACCCGCCUCGGGCUGCAGCAGAGCGCGGCGCAGGUGGAUCCGGGCUUCCGCGCCCCUGCCCAGGGCGGGGACAGUCAGCACAGCCGAAGGGCGCGAGAGCCGGGUGGCGGAGGGCUGGAGGGCUCGGCGGGAGGGCCUGAGGCUCGUCCCCAGCACCGCACUCGGGCACAUGAGCAGCGAACGGGAGAGCGAGGCCACGUGUAGGAAAAGGGGCAGAGGAGGUCUGGGCCGGAAGUGAGGCCGGGGAGAGGUGGGGCACCCCGGGGAGGGCCUGCUCCCUAAAGUGGGUGGAGGGUAGCCUCCCUGAGCAGGAAGGACUACAGGGUGGGUAGGUGGGUCGCCAGGCUGCUGGGGUCCGUGGGAAGCCUCUCCCUUUACCCGUUCAACCUCCUCUCGGGAACCUUCUUUACGGAGCACAACAGACCGCUUCUCACCCCACCUGCAUGUGCCCAGCCACCCCCUCUGUACAUGGCUGUACUGGGACUGAACCCAGAGCUUUCCUACUGAGCUACAUUUCUGGCCCUUUUUA